UCCGGCGUGCGCGGCCCCGCCCCGCCGUGCGUCACAUCCGGCCUGGGAGUUACCGCCCACUCGCCCGCCUGUGCUUCCAGGCUGCGGUUCGGUUCGGAUCCUGCGGAUGGUUGCAGCCGAAUCUUCAUGCUGGGCUUCAUCGUCAGGCCUCCUCACCAGCUCCUGUCCCUUCUUCUGUGUCCUGGACUCCGGAUACCUCGACUCUCAGUACUUUGUGCACAGCCCAGGGCCAGAGCCAUGGCUAUCUCCUCCUCUUCCUGGGAACUGCCACUGGUGGCUGUGUGCCAGGUAACAUCAACACCGGACAAGCAGGAGAACUUCAAAACAUGUGCUGAGCUUGUUCGAGAGGCUGCGAGACUGGGUGCUUGCCUCGCCUUCCUGCCUGAGGCAUUUGACUUCAUUGCAAGGGACCCUGCAGAGACACUACACUUGUCUGAGCCACUGGGUGGGAACCUUUUGGGAGAAUAUACCCAGCUUGCCAGGGAAUGUGGACUCUGGCUGUCCUUGGGUGGUUUCCAUGAGCGAGGCCAAGACUGGGAGCAGACUCAGAAAAUCUACAAUUGUCACGUGCUUCUGAACGACAAGGGGUCAGUGGUGGCCACUUACAGGAAGACCCAUCUGUGUGAUGUGGAGAUUCCAGGACAGGGGCCUAUGCAUGAGAGUGACUCUACCAUUCCUGGGCCCAGUCUUGAGUCUCCUGUCAGUACACCAGCAGGCAAGAUUGGUCUAGCUAUCUGCUAUGAUAUGCGGUUUCCGGAACUCUCUCUGGCACUGGCUCAGGCUGGAGCAGAAAUACUUACCUACCCUUCUGCUUUUGGAUCUGUUACAGGCCCAGCCCACUGGGAGGUGUUGCUGCGGGCCCGUGCCAUUGAAACCCAGUGCUACGUGGUGGCAGCAGCACAGUGUGGACGCCACCAUGAGAAGAGAGCAAGCUACGGCCACAGCAUGGUGGUGGAUCCCUGGGGAACGGUGGUGGCCCGCUGCCCUGAAGGACCAGGCCUCUGCCUUGCCCGGAUCGACCUCCGUUACCUGCGGCAGUUGCGCCAACACCUGCCCAUGUUCCAGCACCGCAGGCCUGACCUCUAUGGCAGUCUGGGCCACCCGCCGUCUUAAGACACUGACUUCCAGGAGUUGAGACUCCCCGUGAGCUGGUGUGGCUGUGACCUGAAGGCAGGACCCAGGUGUGGCUCCCCUCCCCUGGAGAACCUUGCCUCUCUCCACGGAACACAGGCUCGGCUUCUUGGGAAAGAAGAAACUUUCACCUGAGCUCAGAUUGUAGUUUCAGAAAGGUGGAAUUUUAUAUAGUCACUGUUUAUUUCAUGAAAACUGAGUUUCUGCUGAGGGCUGAGCAGCACUGGCAUUGAAAAAAAUAGAAUCAUCAUAAAGUCUG